AUGAUGAUGAUGAUGGGCCGUGUGAUGUGUGUGUUGGCCGUUGUGCUGUGCUGCGCCUGCGGGUAUACCAUGACGGCUUCUGCUGCUGCUGGUUCUUCUUCUGCUUUUGUGUAUACCAGUAAAUCUGAUUAUUCGCUCGAUUGGAAGGAUUUUCUUAUAAGUACAAGCAAUACAAAAAAGUGUGAGACCGACAAGUUGGCGACAGUUGAUGGAAUAAGUUGUUCGCUGAGGAAACAGCCUGGAGAAAGUUCAAGUGCCCCUAAAGAACACGAAGACACAAGGAGAGGUGCAAGUGGUGAAGAAGCAAGGAGUGAAGAGGUUAGCUCAUUACAGACUCACGUGCAAGCUAAUGGUCAAAGUUCACAUCAACACUCUGAUAUAAGCCGUCUAUCACCAGCAACGUCCAGUAUACCUGUGGGUUCUGACGCACAAGAUGAUGGUCAUGCUAAUGUAGAAGAACAGAAUCGAGUAACACCAACAGUUACCAGCACGCAAAGCCAAACUACUGAAUCUACUUCAGAGAGCAGCACAACUUCGACAGCAUCCACUAACGAGAGUGCAGGUACCAGUGCGACUGCCGCAAACACAGCUGAUACCAGUACACCUGCCACCUCUAAUGCUACCCAGCAAUCUCCUGCAAAUGGUGAUGCAUCUGCCGCACCAGACUCACAAGAAACCACUUCCACUACUCUGCCGAUCUCCGAGAACACCACCACAGAAGCACCAACCCCCACUCCAUCUCCUGUACCCAACGCAGAUAUCAACACCAACAUCACUUCCACCAUGCAGAACAAGGCUAAUGCUGACAGCAGUGUGAGUCCUCUGUGGAUGCGUACUGCAGCACCGCUUCUGAUUGUGGUUGUGUUGUUCUCCGCUACCGUGUACUGA